UGACUCUGCCGUGUGUAGCUGCAAUCAUGGCCGACGAAGCGAAGGAGAUGCCAGAGCGCCCAAAAGAAAAUGCAGAGCCCGCAGCAGGGGGCGCUGAAGGCGAGAAAGGGCCAUCGAAGAGUGCAUUGAAGAAGAUGCAGAAAGAGAAGGAAAAGGCGGAAAAGGCUGCACGCAUAAAGGCUGAGCAAGAGGCGAAGAAGAAGGCCGACGAGGCAAAUGAUGUGAGCAAGGGAGACUACGGCGAGCUGCCACUGGUGCGCACAUCGACAGGCGUCAAGCACGAGAAACUCGAGGCGCUUGCACAGAAAUACAGAGAUGAUGCACCUGCUGAGCAGUGGGCAGAAGGCGAGAAGGGCCCGCAGGUAGUGUUCAGAGCGACAGUGGAAAAUGCGCGAAAUCAGAGUGCCAAGCUGUCUUUCCUCGUCUUCAGCCAGCAAUCGGCCACCAUCCAGGCCGUUGUGGCAGCCAGCGACACUCUGUCCCGCCAAAUGGUCAAGUUCGCCGGCAGUAUACCAACCGAGAGCGAGGUCAUUGUACACGGUCUUCUCAACAAGCCCAAAGAGCCAGUCAAGAGCACGACAAUCCAGAACCUUGAAGUGCAUGUCAACAAGCUGUACAUUCUCUGCAAGGCCGACACGCAGCUUCCUCUACAGGUCGCCGAUGCUGAGGGCCGCAUCCCGGCAGAGGGUGAGGAGAACGCUGUGCGCGAGGAUGGCAAGCCGAUUGUCUCCCUCAACACUCGUCUCAACAACCGCACCAUAGAUCUCAAGGCCAACCUCAACCACUCCAUCUUCAAGAUCAAGCAUGGUGUGCAGAGACUCUUCACGGAGUUUUUGGAAGAACGCGGCUUCAUUGGAAUCAACACUCCUCGCAUGCUUGGAGCCGCAUCAGAGGGUGGUUCAUCUGUGUUCGAAGUGAAAUACUUUAAUGACAAGGCGUAUCUCGCCCAGUCACCGCAGCUGUACAAGCAAAUGAUGAUUGCGUCCCGAUUCGAGCGAGUCAUGGAGAUUGGUCCCAUCUUCCGUGCUGAGAACAGCAACACUGCUCGCCACUUGACUGAGUUCACUGGUCUCGAUCUGGAAAUGGCCUUCGAGGAGGAUUACCAUGAAGUCGUGUCUCUCAUCGAAGAGCUGAUGCUGUUCAUCUUCGACGGCCUGCGCACGAGGUAUAAGAAGGAAUCCGACUACGUCCGCACUGUCUACCAAGUCGAGGACUUCAAGCUCCCCGCGGCUGGCAAGGUUCCGCGCCUACACUUCUCAGAGGGUAUUGCCAUGCUCCGUGCUGCGGGCGAGGAAGUUGGCGACUUCGACGAUCUCAGCACUCCACAAGAGAAGAAGCUUGGUGCUCUCGUACUCGAGAAGUACGGCUCUGACUUCUACGUUCUCGACCAAUACCCUCUCGCCAUUCGACCAUUCUACACCAUGCCUUCCGCGGAGACACAAGCCAAAUACGAUCCUAAAGAGCCAAAUGCAGGCUACUCGAACUCCUACGAUUUCUUCAUGAGAGGUCAAGAGAUCAUGUCUGGUGCUCAGCGUAUUCACUCCGCGCCGUACCUCGAACAGCGCAUGAAGGAGCACCUGACCCCUGUCGACCCUAAGAGCGACGGUCUUCGCGACUACGUUAACGCUUUCAGAUAUGGUUGCCCGCCUCAUGCUGGUGGUGGUAUUGGUUUGGAGCGAAUUGUCAUGCUGUGGUUGGGACUGCCAAACGUGCGAUUAGCGAGCUUGUUCCCACGCGACCCAGGCCGGCUUAUGCCAUGAAAACCUUCCUGGGGAUACAAAUGUCACGAUGCCGCCAAGAAGACACGUCCUAGAUUGCCAGCUAUGCUGAGAAAUAAGUUCUUUGCGCCAAGCUUGAUGAAUUCCCAAAGACUCCACACCCACCGGGAGCGCACAGGCAGAGAUGGCGUUAAUUCUAGCUAGCAUUUACGAUGGGACGGUCAUGUUCCAGCUGGCUAGCUAUCCCAAAGCAUUAAGUAGAGGUAAAGAAAGACGUGCAUGAAUGAAUGGAAC